AUGAGAAGAGGAAGAAGAAGGGGAGAAGAACAAGGAGGAGAAUUAGAAGAAGGGAGAAGGAGGAGAAGAAGGGGAGGAGGAGAAGAAGGGAGGAAGAGGAGAAGAAGAAGGGGAGGAGGAGGAGAAGAAGGGGAGGAAGAGGAGAAGAAGGAUGAGGAGAAGAAGAAGGAGGAGGAGAAGAAGGGGAGGAGGAGAAGGGGAGGAAGAGGAGAAGAAGGGGAAGAGGAGAAGAAGGAGAGGAGGAGGAGAAGAAGAAGGGGAGGAAGAGGAGAACAAGGAGGAGGAGAAGAAGAGGAGGAGAAGAAAAAGGGGAGGGGAGAAGGAAGAGGAGGAGAAGGAGGAGAUGAAGAAGGGGAGGAGAAGAAAAAGGGGAGGAGGAGAAGAAGAAGAAGGGGAGGAGGGGAGAAGAAGGAGGAGAAGAAGAAGAUCAACAUAGAUGAACAACCAGAUGUAACAAGAACAACAUGGAUGAACCAGAUGAACCAGUAA